AGGUGUGUGCGGGUCUGUAUGAAAUACCGCAAACACAGGCCUUGUUUGAGCCUGAAGGCGGAUCAAUUGCUGUCUGUGGUGGUUAAAGAAACGAACGCAAUUAACGUAGGCGUGGACGGUGCAUGCCUUUUGAAGGCUUUAAGUUUUUGUAAUUAUCAAAUAUAUCGACAGUCAUAAUAUCGACUGAAGAUCUCCAAGUUCUUAAAUCACGUCCGUUGUGUGUUCAUCAGCUCCUCGUGGUGCGCAAUGUGGACCACGGCGCUUUUAGCCAUUGUUGUUUGUUCUGUGAGUAGCGAUAAAAACCUGGAGGACAAGGGCCGCCUGGAGCUGCAGCGGGUCCGGGAACUGUCGCAGCAGCCGCGGUAUGGCGCCUGUUGGUCUCGAGCUCUGGAGAAAAUACAAACAAGCUGUAAGGAGUUCAGUGAUGAUGUGCAGAGCAAGAUCGCCUUGUCCUUCACACACUGCCACCUGCAAAGGUCCGGUCGUAGUUUCCCAGAAUGCACAGAAGACAGUGAUGUCAAAACCUGCACCCAAGACAUGGACCCUGUGGCCUUCAACACCUACACCGAGUUUUUCACCCAUGCCCACAGCAUAUGCCAUUAUUUGCAGAGCGAGCGCUGGCAGCAACGAGCCCAGAGCACCAUUCACAGGUUGACUGAGAGUUCAGCGGGUGUAGCGGAGCAGUUGGCGUCCACCCAGCGGAUGGCAGAGGAUCUGGUUGUGGCCCAAAGUGCUGCGCUGAAAUCCCAGGAGAGCAUCCUUCGCAAUGGAGAGGAGCUCAAGAGCACCCUGCAGGACUCGACUCAAGGACUGCGAGAUGUAUUUGCGGAGAUGAGGCAUUCCGCACAGGAGCAGCAGGUGGCAUUUGCGGAAAUCUUCAAUCGUGUGGCCUUCCUGCAGAGUUUCAUCAUGUCUGAGACGCACACUUUCAGUUCCCUGUUUUACAACGCUCUGGGCUUCAGUGCUUCAUUCCUGCUGACCUCUGUGCGCCGUACUGCUGGAGCUAGAUUCUUCCUUUUUGGGCUCGUGGCUUUGAAUAUCUACCUUGAAAGGCUGAUCUGUAAGACUGUAAUGGAAAAUGAGGAGCAUGGUUUUCAACAGAUGGAGAAAAUUGCCUUUUUCGUUGGGCUCCUAAGAAAAGCCAUGCUUCUUAUUGGCCUCCUCGUUCUGCUGUUCUUCGCUCUUCGCUUUCGCAACAUCAGCCGGGAGAGUCUGGAAAUACUGAAGGAGCUCAAAGAGACUCGCUCUGAUCUGCAGCAGGCCUUGCAAAAAGCAGAAUGUCUCUCCGCGUCUGUGGAUGAAUGGAAGAGGUCCAGACGAAAACAGUGGGAGAGCAGGUGGGAAGAGCAAGAGGACAGUUUGGUUAUUCUGCAUCCCUCAAGUGUUGUGAAUGAAGCCCUGUCGAUAUUCCCAAAGUCCCAAGAUAACAGACAUCAGGAAACACAGAGCAGCUCUGAAACACUAAAGAGACGUCAGCGGCACACAUCAGGGUCUCGAUUGAGGACGUCCUCCGCCACGGUGUACAGUGUACUGGUGGAGGACACUGAGCCAAGGUAUAGCCUGAGGAGUCGCAAAUCUUUGUGUGGUCCUGAAGUGAGCAAAGUGAAGAGCUGAUGCAUUAUAUCUGGAAAAGGUUUGAUUUCCAUCCCAAGAUAUAAUCAGGAGAUUAGCAGCCUAGAUGGAUGAUGAACUUUUAAAUUGAUCAAACUCUUUUAAUUUAUUUUCUGUGUAUGUACAAUAAAUAUGUCUGUAAAUUUGCAGUUUUCCG